CCCCAACGUGCUCCCUCCAUCCCAGUCCGACAUCAGAGGGCCAACACUCACCUCCAUCCCUUCGACACGCCAUGUGCUUGCGGCAGCGACUCGUUCCACCCAGGCUUCUCGGAAUAUGGCCCUCCAGAAAAGGGAAUUAAUCCUUGCUGGGAUCGCAUGUUUCGUCGCCUGGGGUUACGCCGUCAGCUGGGUCCCGGCGCUGCGGUGGGCCGGCCAUGCUUUUGUCACCGGUCUCGUCCUCGCGACGCUGGGCCCCCUGGUCGCCAUCUUCAUUACGUCUCGCGGCUCCCGGCUUACCUCACGGCAUCGAUCCCCACGUCCGAACGGCGUCGCUUUCCUCGCGCCCAAAACUUGGACGACGGAUACUGCGAGCUUACGGAACCGACAGGCCUACGUCAGGGCACCCCUCUACGCCGACUCGCCCAACGUUUCCAACGCCCUCGAUCAGCUCCUCCAUCUAGUCGUUCGUGAUUUCGUGGUGUCAUGGUACGGCGGUAUAAGCAAGGAUCCGGUGUUUCCGAACCAGAUCGACAAGGUUGUGCGCAUCGCCCUCAGCAACAUCGGGGAUCGCCUGGCUGGGCUAGACUUGGCCGAAAUCGUGACGAGUCGACUAGUCCCUAUUCUAACUACACACUUCAAAGACUUUAGCGAUGCAGAGCGCUCGGUUCGCGGGAGGAAGCUCAACCGAUCCGUCACCGAGUCCGAGGAGCUCGACCUUGCGAUUGCUUCCAAAUACAAAGACGGAAAGCUACACCCUGCCGCCUCCCUGGCCUUUUCCGACAUGAAGCUCGUCCAGCAAGAUUAUCUACGCAACCUCGUCUCCGAUAUUCUCCCUCAGGUUCUCCCGCCGAACCUCCUAGCGAGCCGGGCUGUUUCCAUCAUCGUCCGAGAGCUCGUCUCCUGCGCCGUUCUGUUUCCCGUCAUGCAGGCCCUGGCCGAGCCCGAUACUUGGAACCAGAUCAUGGAGAACUUUGGGCGCUCCAUGUUACAGGAUCGGUCGACUGUCAGGAAGUUGAGGGCUGCUCUGGAUCAGCACGCCUACCCCACUCCGAGGUCCAGCAAAGCCGCCAUCAUCCCGCGCCUUGUGCCGGGCGACAGUGAGCGCAAGUUCGAGAAGUUUAUUCGGGCUAUUCGGAAAGUUAACAACCUCUCCGAUGCUCGGCGCCUGCGAAGCGAAGUAGCAAGCCAACUGAAACGCGACUCGCAACAGGAGAAUCAGGACCAAGUCUACCUUCGCCGCUUGGACAUGGGUAAACGCCUGCUAGACCAGCGAGUCCAUUACCUUGCCGUUGGCGGGGACCGGAGGGCACCUCCAGCGGCAGUAGCACAAACUCCACCAGCUCCCAGAAAGUCCAAACUUGAGAACGCAUCACUUGUAGACCUCCUUCGAGAUUCGGCCGGCCUAUCUUACUUUAUGGAGUUUAUGGAUCGGCAUCGUGUUCUUCCACUGGUUCAAUUUUGGCUCGUCGUGGAUGGCUUCAGGAAUCCCUUGGAAGAUGAGGAGGCGAAUGAUGAGCAAUUACCUCCCCAACUGCCCAUGUGGACGGACGCGGACCGUCUCGACCUGGCUCAGAUCGACCAGGCCUACCUGUCCAAACCGGAACUUAAUGUCUCGCCGGCUGCCCGGGCCGAAGUGCGAGCGUUUCUCGAUGCUGGGAGGAAGGCAACUCCGGAGCAGCAUUACAAGGCGCGGCGGGCUAUCCUCAGGGCGCAGACAUCUGUAUUGGAGAAAAUGCAGGCGAAGUACUUCCCAAGCUUCAAGAAAUCGGAUCUGUUCUACAAAUGCCUUGCUUCGCAAGAAGCUGCAGCUAUGCCUUCGCCGGUUCCGGGUGCAGGUCCCGAACCGGCGGGGCUGGAACAGCCAAACGCCCGGUUGCCACAGCUUCAGAUGCCCCGGCCUUCGCAGGGCAGCCAGAACAAGCCCAGACCAGUCCCACGGCUGGCUCCUCGGCUUGCCUACCAGCAGGCAAAACGCGCUGGAUCAGCGUCAGACCUCAAGUCGCUUAGCGCGAAUGUGCCCUCCAUCGAAACUCUAGCCGGUGCCCGGCGCUCCUUUGACGAUAGCGCGCCAAAUCCUCUGUUUGAUGAUGACGACGUCGACAAUGAAGGGUUGGCGGACUCGGUUCAGAGUUUAGACCAAGACGGUGUUACCCACAACGUGCCUGAUAGUCGAGUCGUUCAAGCGAUGGAAGAGGCGCUGAGCAAUAUCAUGGAGGAUGGGGAUCGGCCCAACACGGCUGAGGAGUUUCGCGAGUCCCUAUUCGGCGUCGAGGAAAGCAUGUCUGCGAGUCUAUUUUCCGUCGAUGGUGAAUCUAACAGAGGAUCCAUUGAUGCAGGCAAGUUAGCGCAGCCAAGCAAGGAUGGCGAGAAACCAAGCCUUUCAUCACUGGGCCUCGUAAGCGCAGCAUCUCGUAUCGGGGUAUUCGAGGAUGACGACCUGUUCGGUGACGAAGAUCGGUAUAUUUCGGAAGAGCAAAACGAUCUCGGGGAGGACGGCGCGGACGAUGACGAAGACCAAGUCCACGAAGCCGAGCCAGGAGACCUCGGCUUGGCAGAAGCCAUCACGGCCUUGUCGAACGACAUUGACAAAUUGGUCGCCCAGGACGCCAUAGUCGAGUCCCUCACCAGGAAGGCGGAGCUAACAAACAACACGGCGGAACUGCGGAUUCUCAAGAAGUCCAAGGCUAGUCUGCAAAGAGAGAUUCGUCGCAAGGAGUUGCAGAGGCAGCAGUACGUGAUUCAAGAGAGCGACAACAGCCUGUAUGGAAGGUCGACCAUCAGGAUCAAGUCGAUCCAGGUGGGCCGGGAAGACGACGGGCGAGAAUUCGCGCUCUACGUGGUCGAGGUGCAGAGGGAUGCAGGGGAGAAGAUGCCGGCGGCGACUUGGAUCGUCACCCGGCGAUACAGCGAGUUCCACGAAUUGCAUCAGAAGCUCCGGUCCCACUAUCCCUCGGUCAGGAAUCUCGACUUCCCCCGGCGGCGGAUGGUGAUGAAGUUCCAGAGCGAAUUCCUGCGGAAGAGACGAGCGGCUCUGGAGACUUACCUCCGCGAGCUGCUACUGCUGCCGGAGGUUUGCCGAAGCCGCGAGCUGCGGGCUUUCCUGUCGCAAAGUGUCAUCGCGCAAGGACAGGAUCUGCUGGACCGCCAGGACAAGAAAGACAUGAUGACCAGGUUGUACGACUCUGUAACGGACGGGAUGGAGGAUAUCCUCGGCAACAUCCCGGUGCUGGAUCAGCUGUCGCUGGCGGGGCAGAAUCUGAUCGCAGCGGCCACCAACCAGCUGAACGCGAUGCCGCUGCCGGCGAACGAGGACGGGACCAGCGCGGCCGAGGCGGAGGCGGAACUGAACGCCUUCGAGAACAAGGAGCUGGAGCCGUUCAUCAAGCCGAUCUGCGACAUCUUCUUGGAGGUGUUCGAGCUGAACAGGGGCAACAACUGGCUCCGCGGGCGUGCCGUGGUCGUGGUGCUGCAACAGCUGAUGGGAGGCACCAUCGAGCGCAAGGUACGAGACAACGUCAAGGUGCUCAUUCAGGAGGAGGCAGUUCUCCGGUACAUCGGGCUCGUGCGGGACAUGCUCUGGCCCGGCGGCCAGGUCAGGAGAAACAAGCAGCCGCGAAGCGCCUCGGAGAAGAAGAAGAGCCGAACCGAGGCCAGCCUGAUGCUGGCGACCUUGGUCCCUGAUGUGGCUGGAAACGUGGUGGGAAGAGCAAACGCUCAGGCGGCUAGCCGGCGGAUCUUCGCCACUUUUAACAAUUCGAGGCUCAAUGCGCAUUUGGCUUUUACUUUAAUGGAUGAAAUCGUGGAGAUUCUUUUCGAGCAGAAGAAGCCCACCGGCUAGUUGAACGUUGUAUCUGUUAUGAAUUGCACGGAUGGUGUUGUGGCGAACACAAUGGGUGCUUUGGGAAAGGAAAAGGAGAAGAAUUUAGGGUGUUGUUUGUUUGGGGGGCGGACAAGCGUGCAGAUGCCAUGGACAUGGGAAUGGAUUCAAGCGAAACAAGACAGACAAUAGUAAUAAAGACGAAGUGUGCAGGAUGUGCGGUAAGUGUUCCUCCGAAGAUAUCUAUAUACGUGCACUUGAGAGAGCAAGGAUACCGGUACAAUGUAUAAGGUAAGGUAUGAAGCUCGGAGAUCAGUGAUUGAGGUACUUGUGCAGAUGAAGACACACAACCCUCGCGGUACCUUGGUAUCUUUAGAGCAGUGGGUCCUCGAUCUAUACCUUACCGUCUAGAGCAUAAGUCGACUAUUGAGGACUCGCCAGAGAACGUGGACGCGCUUCGAGGCUAUUAUUACUUCGUAUCCCG